CUGGUGAAUGGGACUAGUCUGUGUUCAGGCAGACUGGAGGUGAAGUCUGAGCAGUUGUGGUCCUCAGUGUGUGAAGCUGACUUUGACCAGCAGGAUGCAGAGGUGGUCUGUAGGGAGCUUGGUUGUGAGGCUCCUUCAGUCCUCCAGGGGGCGCUCUAUGGAGAAGUGGAGGCUCCAAUGUGGACCAAAGAGUUCCAGUGUGGAGGCCAUGAGUCUGCUCUCCUGGACUGUAGAAGAUCAGACUCAGCUAGAAGAACCUGCUCACCUGGUAAAGCUGUUGGACUCACCUGCUCAGAUCCUGUCAGGUUGAUGGGAGGAGCCAGUCGCUGUGCAGGUACACUGGAGGUGAAACAGGGAGAGUGGAGACCAGUGAGUUCCUCUGACUGGUUCUACUCUGACUGGACCCUGAAGGAAGCAGCUAUACUGUGCAGAUAUUUGGACUGUGGCUCUGCUGUUUCAACAGGAAACAGAAAUGAAGACUCAGAUAGAGCUCUAUGGUCGAUCAGCUUUGACUGUCUUCAGUCUGGAUCUGCACUAAGGGAAUGUGUAUCAUCAUCAGGCUCCUCUUCUUCCACCGUGAAG